GCGGCCGUAAGGGGCGGGCUCUCGGUGGUGCGGCCGGCAGGCAGCUAUGGCGGCCGUACGGGGCCUGCGGGUGUCGGUGAAGGCGGAGGCCCCGGCGGGGCCAGACCUGGGGCUCCCGUCCCCUGAGGCGGAGUCGGGUGUUGACCGUGGCGAGCCGGAGCCCAUGGAGGUGGAGGAGGGCGAGCUGGAAAUCGUGCCCGUGCGGCGCUCGCUCAAGGAACUGAUCCCGGACACGAGCAGAAGAUACGAAAACAAGGCUGGCAGCUUCAUCACUGGAAUUGAUGUCACCUCCAAGGAAGCAAUUGAAAAGAAAGAGCAGCGAGCCAAGCGCUUCCAUUUUCGAUCGGAAGUAAAUCUUGCCCAAAGAAAUGUAGCCUUGGACCGAGACAUGAUGAAGAAAGCAAUUCCCAAAGUGAGACUGGAGACAAUCUAUAUUUGCGGAGUAGAUGAGAUGAGCACCCAAGAUGUCUUUUCCUAUUUUAAAGAAUAUCCUCCAGCUCACAUCGAGUGGUUGGAUGAUACCUCCUGUAAUGUAGUUUGGCUGGAUGAAAUGACAGCCACACGAGCACUUAUCAAUAUGAGCUCCCUGCCUGCCCAGGAUAAGAUAAGAAGCAGGGAUGCCAGUGAGGACAAGUCAGCCGAGAAAAGGAAAAAAGACAAGCAGGAGGACAGUUCAGAGGAUGAUGAAGCUGAAGAAGGAGAGGUUGAAGAUGAGAAUUCCAGUGAUGUGGAGUUGGACACGUUGUCUCAGGUAGAAGAGGAGUCUUUGUUAAGAAACGAUCUUCGUCCAGCUAACAAACUUGCUAAAGGAAACAGGUUAUUCAUGAGAUUUGCUACAAAAGAUGACAAAAAGGAGCUUGGAGCAGCCAGAAGAAGUCAGUAUUACAUGAAAUAUGGGAAUCCAAAUUACGGAGGCAUGAAAGGAAUUCUUAGCAAUUCAUGGAAGCGAAGAUAUCAUUCCCGUCGUAUUCAGCGGGACGUGAUCAAGAAGAGAGCCCUGAUUGGGGAUGACGUUGGCUUGACGUCGUAUAAACAUCGGCAUUCUGGGCUAGUGAAUGUUCCCGAGGAACCCAUUGAAGAGGAGGAAGAGGAGGAGGAGGAAGAGGAGGAAGAAGACCAGGACAUGGAUGCAGAUGACAGAGUGGUGGUAGAGUACCAUGAGGAGCUCCCGGCUCUCAAGCCGCCCCGGGAGCGGAGUGCGUCUAGACGAUCCAGUGCCAGCAGCUCAGACUCAGAUGAAAUGGACUAUGAUCUAGAACUGAAAAUGAUUUCCACCCCUUCACCAAAGAAAAGCAUGAAAAUGACUAUGUAUGCUGAUGAAGUGGAGUCUCAGUUGAAAAGUAUUAGGAACUCCAUGAGGGCAGAUAGUGUAUCUUCAAGCAAUAUCAAAAACCGAAUUGGUAACAAAUUACCACCUGAGAAAUUUGCAGAUGUCCGACAUCUACUAGAUGAGAAGCGUCAGCACUCCCGUCCGCGGCCACCAGUCAGCAGUACUAAAUCAGAUAUACGCCAGCGAUUAGGAAAAAGACCAUAUUCUCCGGAAAAGGCUUUUAGUAGUAACCCAGUCGUUCGGAGAGAGCCCUCUUCUGAUGUGCAUAGUAGGCUCGGUGUUCCCAGGCAAGAUAUUAAAGGCCUCUACGCCGAUACUCGGGAGAAGAAAUCAGGUAAUUUAUGGACUCGCCUAGGAUCUGCACCCAAGACCAAAGAAAAGAAUACGAAGAAAGUGGAUCACAGGGCACCUGGCGCUGAGGAAGACGACUCCGAGCUGCAAAGGGCGUGGGGGGCUCUGAUUAAGGAGAAAGAGCAGUCUCGCCAAAAGAAGAGCCGGUUAGAUAACUUACCAUCUCUCCAGAUUGAAGUUAGUCGGGAAAGCAGCUCUGGUUCAGAGGCAGAGUCCUGAUGCCCCUGGGGCCUAUGGCAACUGCCCUAAAACCUGACCUUCUUGCACAGGGUGGGGCGCGCAGUAGGAACCUCCCCCGCAGGAGCUGGCGCCCUCUCGCUCCUGCUCACACAGUCACCCUCUCAGCUCUUGCUACUUCGGCAAGACGUCUUAAGAAUGGGACACAUUUUCAAGGGCGUCUCUAUCUUUCGCUGCAGAGUUGUAGUUCUGGGCCCUCGAUUCCUUUCCCAUCACCCCACAGGCUUUACCCUUUGAGAAAAAGGCAGCCCUCCAGAUUUUGUAGACAUUUUUCUUAAUAUUUUUAACAUUGUGUCUUUUAAAAGAAAUGUUUUACACAGUUCAUCCAAAGAGCAGAGAACUGAACUUCUCACUAUUGCCUUGGCCCUGACAGCUGUUACCAGCACCCUUUUCCCAAGAAAAGUCAAUUCCCAGGUGCUUAUUGGACAUCCUUCGAGGGGGAAGAGGAGGGAAGCGGCCAGCUCACCCUUCCGGGACCCUAGUGUGGGGGCGAAUCUCACCGACCUGACCUCAGAGGUGCACCAGUGCCGCCCAGGUAGAUAAGAGCUGCAGCAUUGACUGUGCUUCCGUUCUUCCCUCGGGGAUUGCUCAUGUCAUGGGCCUCUUACUUGCUGUCAGCUUGAUGUGAAGAUCAAGUUCAGUGCUGUGGGAUUUUUAGGAACAAAAAACUGUGACGUCUGGAUUUGGGGUUGAUUUUUGUGCUGGGGGUGGGAUUAUGGGUUAAUGUUAAAGAAUUUUUAAGUCUGUAUUAUGUUUAAAACACAAAUGAUUUGAAAGUUUAAAUUUUUAAUUUUUAUAUGUGGAAGUUCUUCCUGUUGGCUAAAGGGGAAGCUCGAGUGGUGUCUUCUUUUGUGCUGUUAAAUAUAUAUUCUAUUCUUUGGAAGAAGGCAGAGAGAGGAGUCUUAUUAUUUUUAAAUGCUUCUAGUUGUAUAGCCUGUCUGUUGUACAUAGAGCUCAGCUUGCUUUUUGGCUCCAGUAGGAAAAAAAUCCAUCCAUCUGAGAUGGGUCCUGUUGUUUAUUAUCACUCUAGAAGUUGAUACAUUGAUAUUUAUUCUUUCUGUCCCCAAGUUGUGGCACCUGAAGACAUCCUAAAACUUGGCAGAAAAGAUAAUAGUUAUGAAAAUUUUAGUUCAUUUAUUUUUAAGCUCCUUUCAGAUUAUUUUACCAUUAGGAGGAGGUAGAUUGUUUCUUCUUGCUGUCUGAUUUUUGUUUUGUAGUAUUUAAUUUUGUAUUCCUCUGCAGUUUUGAGAAACAGUGUUUCGCUUCGGUUUGCUGGAACAUGGGAGUUAGAGCUGGUCGUAAGCCGUGGGCCUUUUUGCGAUGUCACAACUCUUCACCUGCCUGGGCUGUUCCGCACACAGUGCAGCCUGGAUCCUGGCGAUCUGUACUUGUGGCCGAGCUAAUGGUCGCAUUGAUAGUUGAUUACACUGUGGCACGAAUGAAUGCAGAACACUGUUAUUAAUAAAGGAAGUAAAAGGGCUGCAAGAUUUGAGAGCUGCAACAAAAACUGUAUUGUCCCAUAUUUUGUUGAUUAACCUGCUUUUUCUCCCUCCCUUUAGAGUAUUAGAGCAUAUAACUGUGAUAUAUUUCAGCUUCCUAAUAGGAUUCUAGGAGAGAGAUGGUUCUGGUUUCUCCGCCAGUUGAGACUUAAGGCAUCUGAGAUUCCUCAGCUUUCCUUUCCCUGUGAAGCACACGGCUGAGAGCCAGGUUCUUAAGAAGGGUCAGGGGUUGGGGAGUUGGUAGAGUGAGAAGUGCGGGGGUCUGAGAAUCAGAGACCUGGAUGCCAACCCCUGGCUCUGUGCUAUGGACCUGGGCCUCAGUUUUCCCAUCUAGCAGUUGAGUGAGCUGGUACCAGAAUUCCUGGCUUUGUUGGUGCGUCUCAGUGGCGGUUUAUUCUUCCCAAGCUGUGAUGGCGGUGGGCUGGCCUGCGUGAAUUUCUAUUGCAGGUGGCUGGAGGAAGCGCCGAGGAGACAACUGAGAGCGAGCAUGAGGUGUGGACAGGGGCUUUUCCCAUCCCAGCAGUCUCUGCAAUGGGGCAGAGAUGUCUUGUGGUCAGGGUCCCAGCUGGCAUGGCCUCUGCAGGGUUUAGAAUAUGCCCCUUCACAGACUUUGCUUUUGGUUUUCCACCAGCAGCUCAGGCCCAUUUGUUCCAUGGCCUUUCAGCACUCACCAGUCUCUUGCUGGAGAUCAGCAAAGACAUUCUGGAAGGAGGUGGUGUGCAGUCAAAACUGGGUCUUUGAUCUAACCAAGAAAAAUACACACUUGAGUAGCCUCCAGUUUUCACAGACACACAGAGAGAACCCGGAAAGGCAGGUUUGACGAUUUUACUUCUCGGAGUUACUGGCCUUAUUAGCCUCUCUAACCCUUCAGCCCACUCUCAGUCACUCAGAUCUUGCAACAUCUUGAGUGUGUCCUGAAUGACGAGGCCUUUUCUUUGGCGUUUCGGAGUGAGAAUGGAUAGUCAGGACAGGCCUCUGGCAGGCAGCUGGGCGUGCUUUUACCCUGGACGCUCCCCACACAUGUGGGCACAGGGCUACCCACUUUGUGUAUCCCUCUUAGUCUCAUAGGUAGGAGAUUUUAAAUCCAUGUUUGCUGCUUGAUGGUAAUUGCAGAUACCUCAUUUGUUUCCCACUCUCCUCUCUGGAGAGUUACCAGGUACCCAGGAGAACUUGUGGCGUCCACCGCAGGAUGGAGUCUCCUUCUCUGGCCCCCUUAUAGUCUGAUCCUGUGAACCCCUCCCCGUACUUCAGCCACUGUCCUUUCCAGCUGCACUUGUACAGCAGCCUCUUCACUGGUCUCUGCCCUUUCUCCGUUCUGCACACCGCAGCCGGGACGAACCUUUGUUGUUGUUACCAGCUUAAUUAAGAUAAAAUUUGCAUACAGUUCAGCCAUUAAAAGUGUACACUUCAGUCGCUUUCAGUAUAUUUACAGAGUUGUGCACCAGCACUGCUAUCAAUUGUAAAACAUUUUUAUCACCCAGAGAAACCCUGAGCCCAUUAGCAGCGCUCCCUAUUCCGUCUUCCCUCUUAGCCUCUGGCCACCACUGAUCUUCCUUCUCUCUCUCUGGAUUUGCCUGUUCUGGACAGUUCGUGUAAAUGGGAUCAUAUAC